GCGCGGAGGGAGCCAAGGAAGCCGCACCGUCACCUAAACACAAACAUGCGCCAACAGUCUAAAUCCCAAUUGCCUAUGGUUCAUACACCAUUGCCUACGCUCCCCACAAAUUUAGUGUUAGUGUUAGUGUCAGUGUUAUCAAUAGUGGUAUACUCACAUAUACGCAGUACGUUCUAGAUUUACCACACAAACAAUUCAAAGUCAGUGGCCAACUCAUUCCCAUCUCAAGCACUAUCCUUACCUUACCCUACCCUACCCUAAAUAUUCAUAGAUGAAUCCUUUAAAUAAGAUAAUCUUCUUAUCAGCAUUUUUGGCUAGUGGAUUCUUAUUGAUUCUAUUAUCAUGUGCAUUAUACAAUAAUUACAAAACAUUAUGGGUAAUAUUAAUCUUUUUAAUAGCUCCAUUACCUAAUAUAGUAUCUAAUUCAAUUGAUAAUUCUCGAGAUGAUUUCUUAAGAUUUAAUAGUAGUGAUAUGAAUAGUCCUUCUCCAGUUCAAGAAUUUUGUAAAUCAUUAACUGGAUUCUUAAUUAUAAGUGGAAUAGCUUUACCAUUAACAUUUUAUCAUACUCAUUUAAUUGAACUUGGAUCAACUGUAAUGAGUAUUAUUGGAGGUUUAAUUGUUUAUAUAGAUAUUACCGUAUUUAUAUGGUUCUUCUCUGAAGAGGAAGAUGAAAAUGACGAUUUCAAUUUCUAGUCAAGUAAUUAAUUAAAUAUAUUAAAUAAAUUAAAAAAUAG